CAUUUGCGUCACCUUUAAAAAGCAGUAAGCAAAACAGACUGGUGAAUAUGAUUGGUUUCCUCAUCAUAAAUCUGGAUGUUUUAUGAGUCAACAGGAUGUGUUGACAUUUAUGUUCCUUUUUUGUUCCACAACGGCAUUGAUGGAGGGAAGAGGCGGAGCCAUCUAACCACGUCCUGCUUUACCCCAAAAUCUCACUUCAUUCCACUGUUGGCAUGGUGAUCAAAUUGUCAUUUCCUCUUCUCAGUUCAAAGCUUCAGUUAGUGGAGAGAAGUAUCCCAGAAGGCACCACUGUGCAAACGAAGAAAUCACAGGAAGAGACAGCGUGAUGAGCUCUGAACAUCAGACGUCAUAAUGGAGAUGAGUUUACUGUCCAUCACAGUGUGGCUCACUCACUUCCUCUUUGCGUCGGCUCUGUAUUUCAACACAACAACAACACAACUGUCAAAAAACACCCUGGCCGACAACAUUGAAACCCCACACAUUUUCGGGGCAACAGCUUCGUCACCUGAGACCACAGAAUCACUGGACAGCACAGUUGCUACAGCUUUGCACGUGACAUCCACAGAAGAAAUAGCAUCCAUGCAUCAACUGAACAGCCGCAAUGAAUCUCAGAAAGACAUUGUGCAUUUCACAAAAGGAAAAGAUGAGUGGAGUGUUAGCAAUGCUAAUGUUAUGAUCCAUACAAAUACAAGUCUAAUGGAUACCACAGUUUCUUCAAACCCUGGAAGACUGACAAUAAAAAAGGACAACAAUAAUGAAACAGGAACAAAGUCAAGUGCACUUAUCACAAGUUACGACAGCGAUAGACACACCAGUUUAGACAAAGUUCUGAACACACAGACUACUGAACCAGUCACAAUGGCCUUAUUAGACCCUUUCAAAAUUGUCACAACAGUUCCCUGGAGAGACUGGUCAGGGGAAGGGUAUGAGAGAAUGAAACCUGAUGAAGGAAAUUAUGAAAUUAACUCUACCCAGGCAACAUUUGCUAAUUUGAACGAGGAGACAAGAACACAAGUAACAGAGGGAAGUUACAAACUAACAAGUGAACACAGAGCUCCAGUGCACAACGAGGAACAUUAUAACACAACAACAAGUACAACAGAAGUGAUUACAGGAACACCGACAACAAGGAACAACUGGAUAACUCCACACAACACAAACACACCAAUGACCGCUAUGUCUGCUUACAAAACAGAACAUGACCUUACUGUUACAGAUACAACUGAAUAUCACACCUCUAUUCCUGUCCUUGUAACAGAAAGUAGUGGAUACUGGUCAGAGCAGCCUAGCAGAGAGUACAUUACAGACUCUACAACACAGAGUACAUACAGACUCUUAAACUCUACAGCACACACUGAAAGAGAAAACAGGACUGAAACAGACACACCCAGUGGCAUCACCAGCAACAAUAGCACUAUCAUAGCUAAUGUUAUAGCGGACAACAGCACAAAUGCCACAACUGACAAAAUGAACAAUACUAGCACAGAAAACACACUGUGGCCCAACUGUUUUAACUCACAAUCUCAAUUUCGGGAAUCAAGGCUGGUCUGCUUCAUCACAGUGUGGACUCUGGCAAUGAGUGCAUCAGUUUUCCUUGGGAUAUCUGUUUUCCUGUGCGUGCGUCUGUCAAUUGUCAAGAAAAGGAUGAAGCACAGGGGAAGAGGACAAGAAGAGAAGGGAGGACAGAAGUGGGAGAAGGAGAGCCUCUGGGCCAACCCCAAAGCAUCGGUGCAGGAGAGAGUGGAGUUCUGGUACGUCAGUGGAUCUACACUGAAGGCAGACAGGAAGGAGAAGCAAAGAAAGAGAGAGGAGAAAUCCAAGAGGAAAAAGCACGAGCAGAACAAGGAUGAGAAUGAACUGUGGAUCCAGCCUAGAGUGACUAUGGAUGACUUAGCAGAGUUUUGGUAUGCCAAUAGAAGAAUAAAGGAGGACAGGAGAACGGACUUGUCAUUAUAAAGACAAUGUUGAAAGACAGCAUGCUGGCAGAGCUGUGAACAAUGUUGACCUUUAGAAAGGAGUUUAGACGAGGUCUUCUCAACCAGGCUAUUCCUCUCUCUCCUCUCUCUCUCUCUCUCUCACUCUCUCUCUCUCGCUCUGUCACUUCUUUUUACCCUUUCCCUCUCCUCUUUUUGUUUUUCCCCCUCCCCAGCCCUAGAGAGGUAGGGAAAAGCCUACCAAAAGGGGCUCCCUGUGUGUGUUGUGUGUCUUUUUGUUUAAAUUAAAUAUUAUUUUGAUUGUUCAGUUGGUUCCCGCCUCCUCCUUUCCCAAUAUUAACCUUGUUACACCAUUGAUUUUGAAUGAUGCUGCGUCCACACCACUAGGUGUCACUGUAAGUCCAAGAUGACACAAACAAAAAGUUACUGAGUGCACAUUUAAUAGAACUAAACAAAUAUUGUAAAUAAAGUUAGUAAAUCAAGAACAAGGUGUAAUAACACACUGAAGAUAGGAAUUUCAAACUGGCCAUCAAUUGUAGUCUCUUCUUAAGAGAAAACUUAAAAAAAUGGAAAGGCAGCUGAGAGAAUUAAUAAAUAGGGGUCUUAAACAGAGCUGCUCUAAUAAGCAUCUGAAUUGUCUUGGAAGAUGUCAUGAUCAGCUGAGCAUCUGCUGGUUGCAGCUUUAUUAACGUCACCUGUCUGAAUUGAUGCUAUGCUUGAAAAUUGUGCAAGUUAGGAUUUUGCAUAUUUGUUUAUGUAAAAAAAAAGAUGUUAUUUUGCCGCAAAUUUGUAUGCCACUCCCCCGAAUAUAUGGGUAUAAAGGACCUGGCAUGUGAAUUGCUCAUUCAGGUUUUGUGCUGAGGAGCCAAGAGAGAAGGUCCCAGCCUUUUCAAUGGGUAGUCCAGUGUUGUGGCAGCAGGGACACAAAGUCUGGUUCCCUCCAUCAGGAAACAUAGGUUACGGAAGUAACCAGGACAUUCCCUAUCUGUCACUCACUCGACGGUGUGUCGAUGAAGUGACACUAGGGGCCCCUAUACAAAACGCCACAACUAGCUGAACUGUGUUACGUGAACUGGCAGUGCGAGACGGGCAAACUACGGUGUGCCUUGUAGCCAGUGCACUAGGUCGGCACGUAAGCUUGCCCAACGCUGUUAUGAGCGUCAAGCAUCCCUUCGGGGACAAGCUGACUGCCCAAAAACGGUGGUCCCAGUGGUAUCUACCUACCCCAAUACAGGGCAUAGUUAGCACAUAUUGCAUACUGUGGCAACUCAAAUACAAACACAAUGACAUGUUAAGCUUCAUUUUAACAAACCAAAUAGCUUUCAGCAGUGUUUGAUAUAAUGGCAAGUGAUUUUCAAGAGCUAAAUUAGCAACUUAGCAUGAUUAUUCAAGGAUAAGGUUUUGGAGCGAUGGCUGCUGGAAAUUGGGCCUGUCUAGAUUUGAUGAAGUAUAAUUUUUUUCAAAUAGUGAUGGUGCUGUUUUUUACAUCAGUAAUGUCCUGACUAUAGUUUGUCUAUUUGGUGAAUUAAAGUACCAAUUUCCUUACAAAACAGCAAAAUUAUUCAAAUCUUUGGCCGCAAGUGUAUGUCUGAUAGUAAGAAAUGUUUUGAUGUGCAGGCAUGCUCAUACACUUUCAAUUCAGUGGUCUUCUCACAUUAAGAAUAAGCAAGCUUAUACAGAGUACAUUGGAUGGAAGUGCUAUUCAGUAAGUAAAACAACAUUGCCAACGAUCAACCUGCAAUGUGGUCAAAUGAGAAUGGCAUGACUCACAAAUGUGAAUUCCGUGGACUUUAACCACAGAACUUAUUGCUCCACUGCUUAAACAUCUGAACAUUUCAAGGUAAAUUUUUAAAUUUUUCAUUCACACCACUCCAAGAGUUCACAACCUUUUUACUCAGUAUGCAAUUUUUGGUGUAUUUAUUUUUAUAUGUGUGUUGUACUUAUUUAAGACAGUAAUGAGUGCAAUAACAUAUAAAGGACUAUUAAAGGACUAUUCUGGUAGCUUUCUACAUACACCAUCAUCUGCAAUACAUCACUACUGUAAAUGCUGCCACUAUCACUUUGUUAGGACUAGCAGUGGCUUGCCCAGGAUAAAAUUAUAGGGGUGAAAACCAAAGAU